GCAGAGCGAACGAUGCCAGAGUCUCUGCCGAAGGUGCCUGAGGUGCCCAUGUUCCGCGGAGAUGCAGAAGACCCAGAGAUCGGCGACUUCAAUUACGUGCUGAAGCUUCAAGAGAAGAACAUAAAAGAGUGCCAGCAAAUGAUGCAGGACGUCAAAAAGAAGUACGAGACGCAGAUCGACUACUUGACGGCGCAGAAGAGAAAGCUCAGCGGCAUCUUGCUCAGGUCGCAGAUGCUAAGCACGAAGAACACCUUGGAGGCCAUCAUGAUCGGGGAGAACAGGCAGACGCUCGCGGACCAACUGAAGGGCAUCGAGGCCCCACCGAAGUACCCAUCGAGCAAGGAGUAUAUGAAGAAGCAGGUUGACGAGAUCAACCACUUGGAAGACCAGGUCACGCCGAUCCGCACGCAGCGCGCCAUGGAGCUCGCAAAGAUCACGCUGGCACCUCCAUGGGGCGCAGGGGGCCCGAGCACGUGGGUGUUCUACGGCUGGACGCCUCCGGCAGAGGGCAUCCCAGCUUGGAACAAAGACGACCCGAGCACGUGGGUAUUCUACGGCUGGAAGGAGAAGCGCCCAUGGGUGGACUACCAGAAGGGGCAGGGAAGCGAGAGCAAGGUGCAGAAAGGGGAGAUUGCGAUCGGCUCGGACG